AGCAACGCUCGGCUGACCGAGGUCCCUCAAGACAUACCCAAUGACACCAACAAGCUCUACCUGGACUCCAACCGAAUCCCCUUCCUGCCCCGCGACGCCUUUCGGGACCUGCCGCUCUUGCUGGAGCUGGACCUGUCUCACAACGCCAUCGCCAGCGUCGAGAGCGGGGCUUUCCGGGGCCUGGCGGAUCACUUGCACUCUCUGGACUUGUCUUCCAACAAGCUGGUGUCAGUCAGCAAGGAUGCCUUUAGCAACCUGAAGGCCAAGGUCAACCUCUCCAACAACCCUUGGCUGUGUGACUGCCGGCUGCAGGAGCUGAUCCGGACGGUGGAU